UUUCUUCACUUUCCAAUCAAAUCUACAAACCUAAAAACUUGAAACUUGAUACCAAAAAAACUAAAAAAAACAAAACAAAAUGAUGCUACUAUUCAAACCGUCUACGGCCCAUGCAAAAAGGUCAAAACCACGUCCAUACCAAAGCUUCUCCGAAUCUCUAUUGAUGGAUAGUAUCGAAGCAACAGAAGCUUUCACCAAGAAAUGGAUAUCUCCAGACCAUCUCUCCGCUUGCUCCUCGUGCACACUCUCCUCCAUUUUCUCCACCGACAACCGCCUCGAAGGAAGAAAAUUCGUAGACGUUGUAAACAGCUUACAAUACGCUAUCCAAGGAGUAAUGCUGGUGAAUCCCGAGUCACACAAGCUGAUCACAAGAGCACAUAAUCUCCUCAGCUCCGCGAUGAAACACCUGGAGAAAGAGUUCUACCGAGUCCUAAAGUCGAACCGACGGAAUCUCGAUCCAGAAUCCGUCUCUAUCAGAUCCAUCCCAUCGUUCAACCCUAGGAAGAAAGUCUCCAACUACUCGAACGUUCAGAAAUCCGAAGAGGCGAAUAUCAUGACCGAUCUUCAAAUGAUCGCUGAUUGUAUGAUAACUUCUGGCUACGAGAACGAAUGUGUUAGAACCUACAAGAAGAUAAGAAGAUCGAUCAUCGUCGACGCGUUGAGCAAGCUAGGUUUCGAGAAUCUAAGUUUCGGAAAGAUUCAGAAACUAGAUUGGGAGAGCAUGGAGAAGAACAUACAGAAGUGGUUAGACGCUACCAAGAUUGUAAUAAACAAUCUCUUCGACAGGGAACGCAUCUUAUGCGACCACGUUUUCUCCACGUCAUCCUCCGUCGCCGAGUCUUGCUUCUCGGAGAUCACGCUCGACAGUGCGUUGACUCUCUUCAUCUUCCCCGUGAGCGUCGCGAGGUGUCGCAAGACCGUCGAGAAGAUCUUCUUGACUCUCGACGUCUACCAAACGAUCUCUGACCUUCUCCCACAUAUCGAAGAGAUCUUUAGCUACGACUCGACUUCUGCUGUUAGGUUACAAGCAGCUGACUCGUUGAGGACCCUAGGAGAAGCUAUUAACUCGAUGGUGGCUGAGUUCGAAGCCUCCGUCGCGAAAGAGUCGUCGAAGUCGGCGAUACCUGGCGGCGGGGUUCAUCCGCUCACGAGGUACGUGAUGAACUUCGUCGUGUUCUUAGCUGAUUACAACGAGUCCCUCGGGGGACUUCUCACGGAGUCGGACCUACCUUUACCCGAAGAUUACUACAGGAACAUCGACGUAGGAGAGACAUGUUCUUCUUCUUCUUCUACAGUGACAACUAGGCUCGCGUGGCUGAUCCUAGUCUUGCUAUGUAAGAUCGACACUAAGUCUCGGUUGUACGAGAACAUGGCUCUCUCGUAUCUUUUCUUAGCGAACAAUCUUAAUUACGUGAUCGACAAGGUACGCAAGUCGAAUCUGAGAGUCGUCUUGGGAGACGAGUGGGUGACGAAUCACGAAGGGAAAGUGAGUCAGUACCUGGAGAAGUACGAGAAGGUGGCUUGGGGAGAAGUGUUGACGUCGCUUUCUGAUGACGUGAUGGUACAGCUCGAAGAAGACGUGGCGAAAGAGCGAUUGAAGCGGUUCAACGUAGCGUUUCAGGGAGCGUUACAGAGGCAGAGGAGUUGGGUCGUGCCGGAUUCUAAAAUGAGAGAGGGUUUGAAAGAUUCCGUGACGAAGAAGUUAACUGAUGUUGCUUCUUUGUUUUAUGUUAAGUACAACGUGGAGACUUGGGAGGAUGUUGUCAGAUACGUCCCUAAGGAUUUGGGUAAUUACCUUUCUGACCUUUAUUUGGGAGCAGGAAGGACUAGUAUUAAUGUUCCUUCACUCAAAAUUUCGGAAUCGGGGCGUUGAUAAGUAUUGGAGGAAGUGGUGUAUAUUGUACAUUUAAGGUUGUAGUGAUGAAAAAUUGAUAGU